GUCCACAUAAUCACCGGCCCCAUGAUCCUUAUAUGACAAUAUUGCCACCAACUAGUGGCAGGAUACUCUUCUCCCUUCCACAUAUCUACAACAUUUCACUAGGAUAUCAACAUUUAGCUAAAAUAUUGCAUAGAAAUUUGGCUGUAACUAGUGAUACAGAAUUUUGCUAUGGAGGCUCUCAAUGCAGCAAGUUUGACACCUCUUUCAGUUUUUUCUGAUAGAAGAAAUGAACCCAAAAAAAUCCCAUUCAAGAACCUUUCAAAUUCAGCCAAUUUUAGCACCAAUUCAUCAAAUUCACUAGAGAUUCUAUCAAGAAAAGUUCAAGGGGGUCUAGUAGUACUUUCCUCAGUUUUCACUACAAGUUUAGCUAAUGCAUUAACAUAUGAAGAGGCACUUCAGCAAUCAACUACUAGUACUUCAACAGCUGAUUUUGAUGCAAAUGCCUUUGUUGAAACUGUGACAAAUUUUGUAUCUGAAAAUCCUUUAGUCAUAGCUGGUGGUUUUGCUAUUUUGGCUUUGCCAUUGGUUCUGUCUCAGGUGCUUGGUAAUAAUAAGCCUAAUAAGAAAUGGGGUGUUGAGUCUGCUAAAAAAGCUUAUGCUGAAUUGGGAGAUGAUGAGAGUUCAGAAUUACUUGAUAUAAGGGGACCUGUGGAAUUGAGGCAAGUGGGAAGUCCAGAUAUAAGGGGUUUGAAGAAGAAGGCAGUUUCAGUUGUUUAUAAAGGUGAAGAUAAGCCAGGGUUCUUAAAGAAGCUAGCUUUGAGGUUCAAGGAGCCAGAGAAUACUACAUUGUUCAUUCUAGACAAAUUUGAUGGGAACUCUGAAUUGGUAGCGGAGCUUGUCACAGCUAAUGGUUUUAAAGCUGCAUAUGCAAUUAAAGAUGGCGCUGAAGGACCGCGAGGAUGGAAGAAUAGUGGCCUUCCUUGGAUACUUCCGAGGAAAACAUUAAGUCUUGAUCUCGGCAAUCUGUCUGAUGCUCUUGAUGGUGUUCUUGGGGAUGGUUCUGAUGCUGUUGCAGUAGGUUUAGGUGUAGCUGCAGCUGCCGGGUUAGGAUUUUUGGCGUUCACAGAGGUAGAAACGAUUCUCCAACUGUUAGGCUCAGCUGCACUUAUCCAACUGGUCAGCACGAAACUUCUAUUUGCAGAGGACAGAAAGCAAACUCUGCAACAAGUUGAUGAGUUCGUCACCACCAACAUUGCUCCAAAGGAGCUUGCAGGUGAUAUUAAGCAAAUAGGGAUGGCUCUUCUUCCGACGCCCGUGACUAGCAAGGCUCUACCUGCAGCUGCAGAGACAACUCCAGAAAUCAAUUCAGUCCCUAAACCAGAAAUCAAAGUAGAAGCUCUAACUGGAAUUUCAAAGCCACUUUCACCAUAUCCUAGUUAUCCUGAUCUCAAGCCUCCAACAUCGCCGAUGCCUUCACAACCUAGUGGCGGUGCGGAGAAAACUGAAACAGUUUCCAAGGUAGAAUUAUCUGCUGAGUCUACUCUGGAAAUCAAUUCGGUCCCUAAACUAGAAGUCAAAGGAGAGGCACUAACUGGAAGUUCAAAGUCACUUUCUCCAUAUCCUAAUUAUCCUGAUUUCAAGCCUCCAACAUCACCAACGCCUUCACAAGCAUAAUACUUGACUUGCAGAUUUCCAUAAGGUGUUCCAAUCUCCAGUUUGUGGAAAAUUACAACGCGAUAUCUUCUUUCAAGUAAAAGCUAGCUCCUCCAUGAAAUUUUCAUUUUACAUUCUGCAUAUUGAAGGGAAAUUUGUAACAGUAGAGAUCCAGAUCAUUAUAAUCAUUAUGUCUUUCAUUUUCAUUCUUUGUAAUUUAUUGAUGGAUCUCAUGUAGAUACAAAUGUAGCAUAAACUUUAUGUUACUUUGGCAGUACAAUCACUUCUAAGCAGAAGCUUAGCAAUAUAUUAUGAAUAGAAUUUACAUUA